UCUUAGGAGGACAGCCUGCUGCCAUAACGAGAUCUGUUGUAUGAAAACGUUUUUGUACUGUAUUUUGAAUGCAAAAUUGUAAACUAACAUCAUCAUGAAAUCAAUGAGAGAAAUUAAUUUGGAUACAUACAGUUUGUCUCUGCUAACGGCAAAAGAAGAUAUCUUGAACCCACGCUCCUCUACAAACUGGGCUUUGUUUGCUUAUGAUGGAAUAAUGAACAGGCUCAAACUGGCUGAUUCUGGGGUAGGUGGACUGAAAGAGCUGAUGACUAAACUACACCCCAGACGCUCACUUUACGGGAUGUGCAGGGUGGGCACAAAACAAUCCCUCAUCGUCAUGAUAUUAUGGGUAGGAAUUGAGGUGGAUGAAUAUCGCAGAGCUGAGUGUGCCAGUCACCUGCCAGCGAUAAGGGCAUUCUUCAGGGAAGUUCAGAUCUUUCUUCCUGCACACACUUUGGAUGAAAUGACAGAAGAAAGGAUGUGUACUCUGGCCAGUAAGGCUGCGAUGGUGAUGCAGGGGCCGAGACAGAGACCGGGGCUCCGGCGAGAAGACAGACAAGAGACUGUGGGCACAAAUUACAAGCGAACAAUCGCAGCAGCAGAGACCCUAAGAAUCCAAAGAGAAUCUUUCUGGGCACAAGCAGAGAGAGAGGAGGAUGAAAGAAGGAAAGAGGAACAGCAGAGGGCAGCAGAGGACAGGAGACAAAGAGAGAUAGAGAGACUGCGCCAGGAGAGGAGAGAAGCAAUGGAGCGAAAGAGGAAGAUGAUGGAAAGAGAACAGAAGAUAAAAGAGCAGAGGAGAAUACAAGCCCAAAUGGAGGCAGAGGAACGCAAACGGGAGAGAAUAAAAUGGAAGUGCCAGGAAAGAGAACGAGAAGACGAGGAAGCAAGAGCUAGAUACUUACGCUCUGAAUCUGAAGAAAAAGCUGCUGAGGCAGCAGCUCUAGUGUCCCAGCGAACCACAAAUCCAAGAGAGUUCUUCAGACAACUGUCCUCCUCUUCAAUUGUCAACUCAGAUUCCCAAACCAGCUCACCAUAUCCAGUCAGGAAUCCUUACAGACGACUUCAUCAUAGUCAGACAGACAAUGUCUUCAUUUUUAAUGAACCUUCAUCUUUCACGCCUCCAUCUCCUCAUAGAUCAACAGCGGCAUCACCGUACCUCCCCUCGACUCCAACAUCCAAAAGCCCAACACUCGUGUUUCCUUCUUCACUGCACAGUCCAGAAAUGGUAUCACCUACCAUCUCAAAGCAGAAUAUCCCUCAAGAUUGUGCAAUGGUUCCUUCUAGAAGUCAGAUCUACUUAUCUUCACCUCAGCAGACUGAAUCAUCCUAUAAAGUCACUGCUUACGCUAUGCCACCCUCCAUUCUGCAGCUCCAAGCCAAACCAUCAGCUUCAAUGAAUGCUGAAUCUGAAAUAAAAAAAACCAUCACUGCCAUAUUAGACAGUCUUGUCUUUUACCCUCCACCACCAACCAAAGAAGAGCUCAGAUUAGACAAUCGGGGCUUAGAUGAAGCAAAACCAACAGAUAAACUUUCUUCGCCUCUUUCUCAUUUUGAGUUUUCACCAAAACCAUCUGAGGACUUUUCUGAAACGUCAAUGCAAACCCAACCUGAUGUGAAUCUGUCUUGUCAGAGUGUCUCAGAUGCUCUGACAUCCUCUCCUUCUCAAUCUUCUCCUGUUUCACUGGUUCCAUCAUGCCUCCUGGUACCUCAGCCACCCUCUAGACCGCUUCCCGCUCUGCCUAUCUCCCCACCAACAUUAAAGGAUCUGGAAUCAGACAGAGACUUUCCUGCCUCUGUUAGAUCUAUGGUUGAGGAGGAAGAGAUUGAGGGAGAGGAUGGAGAGACGGUUGAGAAGGAAUGGAUUCAUGAGGAGACAGUAAGAGAGAUCCGAGAUGAGGAAAAUGAGGCGGUGGAAGAAGGGAAAGGAGGUGAAAUGAGAGAAGAUAGAGAGGAGAUGAAUGCAGGACAGGAGGAACCAGAUGGGAAGAAUAUGGAAAAACAUGAUGAUAAGAAUGCUUUGGAGGAGACUGAGAGUGAAUAUGUACAAGAUGGAAAAAACAUUGACAAAUCUGAGACAGAAAAAACACAACGUGGGCAAAUUAUGAAAGAAUGUGAAAAAGCUAAUAAAAUUAUGGAGGAAUCAGAGAAUGGAAAAGAACCAAAUGAGACAAUUAUGGAGGAUUCUGAGAGCAUGAAAUAUCAAGAUGGGGAAAUUUUGGAAGAAUCUGAAAGCGAAAAAAAUCAAGAAGAGAAAAUUGUGGAGGAAGCUAAUGAAAAAUAUCAAGAUAAAAAAAUUGUGCAAGAAUCUGAGAGUGAAAAAUAUCAAGAUGUGAAAAUUGAGGAGAAUGUACACGAUCAAGAGGAGAAAAUAUUGGAAGAAUCUAAAAGCGAAAUAUAUCAAGAAGACAAAAUUAUGGAAGAAUGUGAUGGUGAAAAAUAUCAAGAAGUGAACAUUCUACAAGAAUUUGAGUGUGACAAAUACGAAGAUGAAAAAAUUAUGGAAGAAUCUAAAAAUGAAAAAUAUCAAGAACAGAAAAUUGAGGAGGAAUUUAAGAAUAUAAAAUAUCAAGAUGAGAAAACUAUGGAAGAAUCUGAAACAGAUAAAUGUCAAGAAGAGAAAAUUGAAGAAGAAUCUGACAAUGAAAAAUAUGAAAAUGAGAAAAUUGUGGAGGAAUCUGAGAACGUAAAAGAUCAAGAUGAGAAAAUGAUGGAAGAAUCUCAGAGUGAAAAAUAUCAAGAUGAGAAAAUUGAGGAAGAAUCUGAGAAUGUACAAGAACAAGAUGAAAAAAUGAUGGAAGAAUCUGAAAGUGAAAAAUAUCAAGAAGCCAAAAUUAUGGAAGAAUGCGGCGGUGAAAAAUAUCAAGAAGUGAAAAUUCUACAAGAAUUUGAGAGUGAAAAAUGUAAAGAUGAGAAAAUUAGGGAAGAAUCUAAAAGUGAAAAAUGUAAAGAAGAGAAAAUUACAGAAGAAUCGGACACUGAAAAAUAUCAAGAACAGAAAAUUGAGGUGGAAUCUAAGUACGCAAAAGAUCAAGAUGAGAAAAUGAUGGAAGAAUCUAAAAGCGAAAAAGGUCAAGAAGAGAAAAUUAAGAACGAAACUGAGUACAUAAAAUAUCAAGAUAUAAGAACUAUGGAGGAAUUUGAGAAUGAAAAUGAACAGAAAUCUAUUGAAAACUGUGAUAGUGACGGAAAAGAAAAAGACAACUUUCAGGAGGAAUAUGAAGAGGCUUUAAUGAACCAAGAGAAUGAAGAAAAGUCAAGUAAGGACUUUACCAGGACAGAAAAUUUGACUGUGUUAAAGGCAGAAUCUGAUACUGAGAUUAUAAUGAUUCAUGACACAACAGAUGAAGGGGGAGUGAAGAGGACCAGUGAUCAACGGAACGAGAAGAAAGAAAGAAAUAUACCACUCAUUAAAACAGAUGAGGAGGAUCCAUCCAAUGCAGACAAACAGAAUGAGCAUGAACCCUGUGCAGAAACACUUUUCUCCCAGCAUGCACCACUCUUCCCAGAAUCCUCUGCUGCCAGGCCUAGUCAAUACAUAAGUCUAGCUGAAAGUAUACCAAAUCAUAAUGAAAAUGAGCCACAGAUGAUCUCCACAGACUCAAUUCAGGACAAGUCAGAUCUGAGCCAUCAAGAAGACCCCAAAGUGACAACUGACUCUUUAACAGCAGUAUCAUUCAGUCAGGAAUCCUUACACUUGCCCUCAAAGAACAGCUCGGGUUCUGAGGAGAACGCUUUGUCGACAUCAGCCAUAUCUGAACAAGCCAGUUUUGGGCAAUCUGAUGGGGAGGAGGGACUUGAAUAAUAAGGAAGAUGUUGCAGUGGACUUAGAUUUAAGCAGAUGUACCAGCGACCUGACCAAUGAGAACACAGAUGCUGACGAAGGCUUCAUUACUCAGCUUUUUUGAAGUAGGGCAGGACUCGAAAUCCCAUUCUGAAUGAAGCUUAAACAAACAUUUUCGCCGAACUGCAGAACACCCAAUGACAUCAGGAAUUACAAGAAAACGAAUGUAUCUCAUACAGGUGGGCGGGGAAAUCAUAAUAGAUAAUUGGUGUUAUUAUCUCAGAACACACCAUUCCAUUAAAGAGCAUAAUGCUUCAGGUUUUGAUUGGCAUUAAUUACUGUUUUAACCGCAAGGAGUGGAAAGGUAAUUCAGGGCUGGUGAUAGAAGUGUUGUCUUUCUCACCUCCGGUAGGUUGCUUUUCAUAGUCUCAGAUGGUGGAAGAAUGCAACGUAAUUGCUUAAUACAUAAUUGCACCAAUUUCCAGAUUAAAUUAUGUUCAUUACAUUAGGAAAUCUCUAUUACGUAACUUUUUUUGUAUUAUUUUUAAACUUCACUGGAAGGAAAUAUUUCACAUUUACUUUCUAUCAAAGCUGACCUAGAAAAUAACUGAACAUUUUAUAUUAAUUAUAUUAAUCUAUUAUAUAUUAUAUAUAUUAUAUAUUAAACUAUUAUAUUAAUCUGAUGUGAUAGUUCAUGAAUUGCAAAGGAUUAUGGGAUAGUGGAGCUGUCAAUCAAAGACAGUUGGAUAGGAAACACUUCGUGCCAGUGCAUUAUGUUCAAAUACAGAUGAUAAAACUGUUCUUUCAUCCUGUGUUCUUUCAGACCUUUAUGUCUGUAUGCCACCGUUCUCAAAUCUCAUAGCGCCACUGUCCUUCUCAAACCUCAUAUCCUCCGCGAUUUGAAUUUUUUGUCAUAAAUCAUCAUUAUUAGUCACCCUUUAUGUUUGUCUCUGGGUUUAGCAAAUAUCUAACCAAUAAAAAUUGUGCUUGUCAACUAUGACGUCACAGUAUUUAAUCAUUUAACAAGUAUACAGUGUUUUUUUUUCAUUUCCUGAAAACAAAAUUUGGACAUGUGAGGUUUCAAGAGGAAGGCGACGAGGUGAAAUUUAACUGACAGCGGACAGGCCACGUUUUACACUUUGGUAGUAUUUUUCCCCACUUCUUCAUGUCAAAGUUUCUUACAUUAAAGAGUAAAUAUUCCUUGAUUUUUAAGGUCCUAUUUUGGUUUACGUACAUACAAGGUGUAAAAACACUAUUAUUUUGUUUUAAUAGGAAAUAUUUCUUACCUAACUUCUUGACUGACUCUCAAAUGAUUCGUUCCGUGAUUCAUACGUCUAAUCCCCUCCUUUCCGCUAGCCAACUCUGAUCUGAUUGGUCAGAUGAUCUAGUCUGCUGUGAUUGGUCUACCGCGAAUGAGGCUCACAAGCUACAGUGUUUGGGGGAGAAGAGUGAAGUUUUAGCAGGCAGUCCUAGCAAAACGGACUAUAUGUAGUGACGUAAAUCCACAGCGGUUCGCAAAUCGGACUGGAGACGACUCGUUUGCGUGAUUCAGAGUCGACUCUCUUUUUUCCAAGCCAAUAACUUUCUUAUUCAUUCACCUUCCGCUUUACAACUUGGCAGACUGCUUACAUUCACACACGGCAACAUUACACACUGCAUGAAAUGUCAUUUACAUGAUCUCGUAAUAUGUACUCUUUAACUACAAUUUUGUUUUAUGACUGUUAUUAUUUUGAAGCACGCAAUUCAACAGGCUGAUUUUCCAAUUGUACUGUACCUUUAAGACUGUAAAUAAAAUAUGUUAUGGUUAACUAAUCCUUAUAACGGUGUGUACUGUAGGUUAGGGCGGGACUCAUUUGGUUCAAUUCAUGGAGUAAAACAAAAGCAAGGCUUAAACACACAAAAUACUACGCGUAAUAUUGUUGCCUCACUUUAUUACAUAAAACGCUUUACAGUCUACCAAGUGAGCCACUAAUCUUAUAGUAACUUACAAUUAAUUGUAUUUAUUUGUUGACAAAUAAACC